AUGUAUAGGGCGAUGCGCACGCAAUUACAACCAUUUUGUACCAUUACCGAUUGUAACCGGUCAUGCCAUCAGGUACAUCGUCGAAAUCAAGAACCUUCUCCACCUUCCGUAUCAUCCGACUUCUUGAAAACAAAGCAAAGACUGCUACGCCGGAAAAAUGAUUUCUUUGUAAAAGAAAUUGAAAGAAAACCAGAACCGGUGUUGGCUACUAAUGAUAAUUCUGGAAUUGUAUUCAGGUCAUCAUUACCGACUCCUGAACGAGCCAUAACUUUAGAAGAUAUAAUUAAAUUAGCAAGGCGUAAGGCAUCCAAUAAUUGCGAGGAACCUUUAUCACAAAAACACUAUGUCAUCACUGAUGAUAAGCUACCAAUAGAGGAACCAGCCAAUCAGGCAUCAGAAAUAGUGAAGGAUAAUGGGUGGACUACUGAUGACUGGGCUUAUUUGGAACAGCUGAUGGAAUUAGAUGCCGAUCAUAUGUCGCUUAGCAGUGAGCCACCCAUUACCGUUGACAAUGAUGAUGAUACAACAAUUGCUCCAAAUCAUCAGUGCACCCUCUUCAUAGGGUUGAGGUAA